UGUUUCAGACACAACAUACCUAAUAACUAAUUAGGUAUCACCUAGCUUAUUAAUAGCCUAGAAGUAAUUUAAAAGUUAGUUUAAAAAAAAAUUAUCUGUUUAAAAAUGAUGAGUAUUAGUAAACCAAAACCUAUUAAUCCAGAUACUCCUUUGACACUGAUUAAAGAUAUUCAUAAUAAUGUAAACAACAUAACUGUUAUGUGCAUAGUAUUAGAAGUAAAUCCUGCUGUACAACUUAAAGAUAACCACGAAGUUCGAACAGUGAAAGUAGCUGAUAGUUCAGCAUGCAUAAAUUUUUCUGUUUGGGAUGAACCUGGUUCAUUCUUAUAUCCAGGUGAUAUAAUACGUGUUCACAGAGCUUAUGCAAUUUACUUUAGAAAUUGUCUUACACUGUAUGUUGGUAAAAAUGGUGAAAUUGAAAAAAUCGGUGAUUUUAUCAUGACAUUCAAUGAAUCUAUCAAUAUGAGUGAAGUAAAUCUAAAUGCACCUCCACCACAACCACUUCCAGGAGCCAAUGGAAAUACAAUAAGCAAUGCAAGACGGACAGGAGUUGGAAAACAAAAUAUGAAACCAAAUACAUUCAAAGGUAACAAUGGAAAAAGCGGACCUAGAAGUCAAAUGAGACCGGAAAGAAAAUAAUACAAUAAUGAAUAAACUUGUUAUACAAUCUUAUUGUAUGAGUUGGUGAAGAAAUUCUGUGAUAUUAACUCAUUUUGACCCUAUUUUAAUAUUCAAGUUUUGUAUUAAACUUUAAUUAACUGUGUACAUCCUUAUUUUACAAAAAAAAGUU